GGCAGCGUUUGCCACAACGUGUCGAUGGGACCAGAAGUACGGGGACAAUGCGAGUCCACGUGCACACCAAGUUCUGUUUCCUGUGUGUGCUCACCUUCCUCUUCCAUCAGUGUAACCACUUGCCAUGGAGAAGGGCACAACCAUCAGCGCGGUGGACAUCCCCACGCCGACCACGACCACGUCCACAGCGACCUGCAGAUUUCCGAAGCGCCGUACGUGAGAGGAGCCACUUUGUCUCCGGUGUCCAAGAGUCCUCAAGUGCCCACUCUAGAGGAGGAGCAGCGCUUCUACAUCCAGCAGCUGUUCAGGCACUACGGCCAGAAAGACCGGCUCGAUUUCCAGGGAUUUCAGAGUUUGCUUUUCAGCUUGGGUCUGGGUGAAGUAAAGGUGGUAGACACGGAUCACGAGGAGCUAGGCCAUGACCACGUGGCUCACCUCGACCUGGUGGAUAUGAUGGAGGGGCAUCACUCGCAUGUAUCCACCAAUGAAGGCCAGGGUCACGGGCACGGUCAUCCACACCACAAGCCCAGCCCCCACCAUCCACCCACGGAAAAGAAUCCCACAAAGUGCACUCAGACCACUGCUGCCAGUCCAGCUGCUGGUGCACCUACAGGACAUGACCACAAUCAUGAUGCAGAACAUACUCAUGAUCACACCAUCACAGAGGAUAGUGACCAUAAACAUUCUGAUGGACAUGUGAAGGACACACAUGGCCGUGUCCACAACCAUGAUCCCGCACAUGACAAUGAGCACAAACAUGAGCAGGUACAGGUGCACUCUAGCCACAAGGACGCGUCUUCCCAACCACACGGGGAUCAUGAACACGGGGAUCAUGAGCACAGAGAUCACGACCAUGGCGAGCACAGCAAUCAAGGCCACGCCGAUCGUGACCACGCCGAUCAUGACCACGCCAAUCACAACCACGAUCACAACCAUGUCCCCAAAGUGCAGACGGGCACAGGCGUUCCUCCCCUCAGCCAGGAGCAGCUGCCCUCUGCCCAGCCGGAGCCGUCUCCAGCUCCUCAGGUGCCACAGACCUCUCCCGCCUACACAGAAAGUUCGACCAAGAAGCAGAGAAAGCCAGCCAGGGUCAGAGGACAGCGAGGGCGAAACAAAACCCCUUCUCUCACGCCGCAGUCUGAUGACCAUGACCAUGACCAUGACCAUCAACAUGAUCACGAUCACAGUCACAGCCAUUCUCAUAAAGACAAGAGAGAAGCACCAGGAGGGCCUGCCACCUCCGCUUUGCCAGUCCCUGGAAUGUCUGGCCACCCAGAAGGAUUGUCUCACCAGCACGAGGAGUGUUUGAACCUGACUCAGCUCCUCACCUACUACGGCCUGAAUCCUGAAUCGCUCAUCUCCCCCAGCCAGUUCACCUACCUGUGUCCCGCCCUGCUCUACCAGAUAGAUAGACGUGUCUGCAUCCGCCAUUACCACCAUAUGGAUGUGGAGCAGGAAGCCUUGGAGCCCGUCAGUUCUGUGUGGGUGUGGCUGUGGGGUUUUGUGUCCAUCACCAUCAUCAGCCUGCUGUCUCUGCUGGGCGUGGUGCUCGUACCCAUCCUCAAACAAUCCUGCUUCAAGUUCCUGCUCACCUUCCUGGUGGCGCUGGCAGUGGGCACGCUCAGCGGCGACGCUCUCCUUCAUCUGCUGCCCCACUCUCAAGGGCAGCAUGACCACGGCGAGCCGGCGACGAGCGACGACACUGACCUGGUAACAAAAUUUGAUGGAGUGUGGAAAGGUCUCACGGCGCUGGCCGGCAUCUAUCUCCUCUUCAUCAUUGAACACUGCAUCGGCAUGUUUAAGCACUACAAAGACCACAGGCGCAUGAAGAAGGCAAUUGAGGAGGGCAAGAUUGGCAGGAAGUUGUCAGAUCACAAAUUAAAUCGGCGCUCGGAUGCAGAGUGGCUGCACCUGAAGCCUCUCAGUGAAGACCCUGACGGCACCGCCAUCUCCUGUGACAACGGUCACAACGACACGCAGCUCACAGAGCUCCAGACGCCCGACUCCCCCACCAACAAGACGCCACUGGCACCGACAAACCCCCAACCAGACCACCAGUCACCCACCAAGGAGAACGGAGGCAAGGCCAAGCAGCAGGGUCACUCGCACGGCCACGGCCACUCCCAUGGCGGGAACUGCCACUCUGACCAGGAGAUGAAGGACGCUGGGAUAGCCAGCAUCGCGUGGAUGGUCAUCAUGGGCGACGGCAUGCAUAACUUCAGUGACGGCCUGGCUAUAGGCGCAGCAUUCAGUGCAAACCUGACAGGAGGCAUCAGUACGUCAGUGGCUGUUUUCUGCCACGAAUUACCUCAUGAACUCGGCGACUUUGCGGUGCUGCUGAAAGCGGGGAUGUCGGUGAAGCAGGCCAUCUUCUACAAUCUGCUGUCUGCCCUCAUGGCCUACGUUGGCAUGGUGAUUGGCACGGCUGUGGGCCAGUACACACACAGUGUAACCAGCUGGAUCUUCGCCAUCACGGCUGGCAUGUUCCUGUACGUGGCGCUGGUGGAUAUGCUGCCAGAAAUGCUGCACGGGGACAGCGAGGACCACAAGCGCUGCCAGCUGGGACACUUUAUCCUGCAGAACCUGGGCUUGCUGACCGGGUUCGGCAUCAUGCUGCUCAUCGCUAUCUUCGAGGACCGCAUCGUUUUCAAUUUUGGCUUUUAGUCUUUUUA